ACAGCGGUCCGCUCGGUGGUUUGGCCCGACCUGGCCUACCGGACCUGCUGGAUGGAUCCUGGCGUGGCCAAGGCUCGGCCGAGCUCCUGGCACCGCCUCCCAGCUGUCUCCCGUAGGUGGGGGAAGGCAGGACUGACGCCCAGUGAGUAUUUUCCUCCAGCUACUCUGGUGGGUCUGAAGAUGACAACACGGCAAGAAGUCCUGAUCCUCUACCGAAGCAUUUUCAGGCUUGCACGGAAAUGGGAGGCAGCAUCAGGGCAGAUGGAAGACACCAUUAAAGAAAAACAGUACAUAAAAAAUGAAGCCAGAACACUGUUCCGGAAAAACAAAAAUCUCACAGACCCAGAGCUGAUUAAACUAUGUAUACAUGAAUGCACAGCCAGAAUUGAGAUUGGACUGCAUUACCAGAUUCCUUAUCCACGGCCAAUUCAUCUGCCUCCAAUGAGUCUCAUCCCACUACGAGGGCGGAGACUUCAAACCCAGGAGAAACUGAGAAAACUUUCCAAACCAUUGUAUCUGAAGUCUCAUGAUGAAGUUUCCUAACAUGGAGGACAAUUUCCUUUGAGAACAGCAAGCCUAUUCAGUUUUGAAUAUAAACCAGGCAAUAUACCCUUUUUGAUUAGAAGCAAAAACAUGUCCUUCAAACUUACAAAAUUGGUCCUCACCCUAUGACAUGUGGCUGCUAGCAUCCCUAGGGUUUUUCAGGGUCUUGUUGCUACGUGAACUGAUGACAUUAACCCUAGAGGUCAUGGACUUACAUCUUCACUGAAGUCAUCCUUGGGAACAGUCUAAGGCCUGUGGAGGAAGGCUGAAAGCAAUUCCCGAGACUGCCUUUCAGCACACAUCAACUGAUGCAAACGGGUUAACUAGUUGCUACAAGUUCACAUGCCUCCAGAACUAUGCUGCUCCCAAAAUACUUUCUAGGGAUUUUUCCACAAGUUCUUUUCAUUUGCUUGAAGUGGUUUCUGUAUAGUCCUUUUUUGUUCUUUUUUUCUUUCUUUUUUUUUUGGUCUCCUGACUAUUGUAAUUUCCAGAUAUACUCCCUUAAUAAAGAACAGCUUUGGAUUG